GACUCGAGCGCUUCCUUCCGACUUUUCUAGUUUCAGUAGCUUCCGCCUCCAUUUUGUAAUCAUAUACAAGUGGCAACGGGAAAACCUCUACAACUAUUGCGUCGUAGGGAUAGAUUUUCCGGCAAUGGACGGCAUUGUCAGUGAUGUUGGCGUGGGUGUGAAGCGAGGAUCAGACGAGCUUUUGUCUAGUAGUCUCUACAACAGUCCUAACUCUGGCAUGAGCAGUAUAAGUGACGGCACGUCAAACGGAAGCGACAGUAAGAAGUUUAAGGUGGAGGACGCACCCCCCUCGCGCGUGCUUCACAUCAGGAAGCUCCCCAACGAGGCCACAGAGACCGAGGUCAUUGCCCUUGGGCUGCCCUUUGGCAAGGUCACCAACAUCCUGACGCUGAAGGGCAAAAACCAGGCCUUCUUAGAGAUGGGGACGGAGGAAGCGGCCAUCACCAUGUUGAACUACUACGUGGCCGUGACGCCACACGUGCGCAACGCACCGGUCAUCAUUCAGUACUCCACUCACAAGGAGCUGAAGACGGACAGCGCAGGCAAUCAGCGGGCACAGGCCGUGCUGCAGGCCGUGUCAGCUGUGCAGGGGGGCGGCAUGCCCACGUCGGGCUCAUCUGCCAGCGAAGGCGCUCUCACGCCCGCUCCGAGCCCCGUGCUGCGCAUCAUCAUCGACAACAUGUUCUACCCCGUCACCCUGGAUGUGCUGCAGCAGAUCUUCUCCAAGUUUGGAACGGUCAUGAAGAUAAUCACGUUCACCAAGAACAAUCAGUUCCAGGCUCUGCUGCAGUACAGUGACCCCGUGAAUGCGCAGCAGGCCAAACUGGCCCUGGAUGGACAGAACAUCUACAAUGCCUGCUGUACACUCCGUAUUGACUUCUCAAAGCUGGUCAACCUGAAUGUGAAGUACAACAACGACAAGAGCAGGGACUACACGCGCCCCGAGCUCCCGUCUGGAGACGGCCAGCCCGGCGUUGACCCCUCAGUAGCAGCAGCCUUCAGCAAGGACUCCUCCUCGCUGCUCGGUAAGAUUCCAGGUGCCCUGAGCCCACUGAGUGCCGCUGCAGCCGCCGCGGCGGCAGCCGGGAGGGUGGCACUCGGCCACUCGGGCUCCAGCGGAGUCCUCCUGGUCAGUAACCUCAACGAAGAGAUGGUUACGCCCCCAAGUCUCUUUACCCUCUUCGGCGUGUAUGGUGAUGUGCAGCGUGUGAAAAUCCUGUACAAUAAAAAAGACAGCGCCUUGAUCCAGAUGGCAGACGCUAAUCAGGCCCAGCUUGCUAUGAGCCAUUUGAAUGGUCAGAAGAUGUACAGCAAGAUCAUCCGGGUGACCCUGUCCAAGCACCAGACAGUGCAGCUGCCCCGGGAUGGUCUGGAUGACCAAGGGCUCACUAAGGACUUCACAAACUCGCCCCUGCACCGCUUUAAGAAGCCCGGCUCCAAGAACUUCCAGAACAUCUUCCCUCCUUCAGGCACCUUGCAUCUGUCCAAUAUCCCUGAAGACAUCACAGAGGAUGACCUUCGAGUUCUGUUCUCCAACUCUGGCGGCACGGUGAAAGCCUUCAAAUUUUUCCAGGAUCAUAAAAUGGCUCUCCUGCAGAUGGCCUCGGUGGAGGAGGCAAUUCAGGGCCUCAUCGACCUCCACAACUACAACAUGGGUAACAAUCACCAUCUGAGGGUUUCCUUCUCGAAGUCGACCAUCUGAGAGGGGUCCUCUCCUCCUCCACCACGCGAAGAAGACGCAUCACCACUUUUUUUCCCCCUUCCUUUAUUGUUUUCUGUUGAAUGUGUUUUUGGGACCAGAGUAACCUUUUAGUUUUCUUUGUCAUGAAUAAUUAUCAGUCAUUCCUUGAAAAAAUUGAGAAAUUGCAUUUCUCUUGCUCAAAGAAAGAAAACAACUGAGAGAGAAUGCUAUGGAGAUCAUUUUUACUUCCUCAUUGACCCCUCCCCCCCUUUUGUCCAGUUUGUACUAUUGGUCAUUUUACCUUUUCUCAUUUCUUCAUGUGAAGGAAGGAUGAAGGAAUGUCGGCGCCUAGUUUUAUUUACCGAUUGACAAACAAUGUGCCUUACUUGACAUAAGUUUCAGCUCUUCUACAUCCACACAUCUAUACAAACUACAGCGGCCUGUUUUGGGAGGCACAUUCAUUUUGAUGUUAGAUAAGGAUGUUUGAGGCAGGGGGGAAAUGUGAUUGUAUGGUUUGUCAUGCACUGCUGCUUGAAUUUAGCUGUUGGUUUUCUUCCACUUUUUGGGUUACUCUUUUUGGUUUGUAUCUGGCAUAACAAUUCUUAGAUGUUGGGAAUGUCUGAUCAUAAUGAAAUUGACAUUAGCUCAUGAAUUAUCUUUGAGUACAGGCCACAUUUUUUUUUUUUUUUUUUUUUUUUUUUUUGAAAGAGGGCUUAACAAUCUCAACAACCAAAGCUUUUUUUUAUCCUCUCAAAUCAACAGGAUUUAUUUUAGCACCGUUUUUUUUUUUUUAAAGCUGAUACAACAGCCCUGUGGCGAAGAAUAAAGCGUAAAUGUCAUUGUGAUUGAAGAUGUUCCUGUAGAUAUAUUCUGAUCUUCAUGUGGUGUUUAUAUUGCUUUUUAAAACUGUGCUAAAGGGUUCCCCCCAAGUUUCGUUUCACCCUGCAUGCAUUGACUGCUCUAGCUAGUUAAAGAUUUAUGGGCACUAGGCCUGUGCAUGAGAUUAGACGCUAACCUAAAGAGAGCCUGAUUUUGUUUGUGUGUAUGUGGCAGUUUACUGCUGAGGGAUUCAUGGGAGGGACCAAAACCUACGUGCCUUUAGUCUUAAUUUCCACAGCAAACUGAUUUUUUUUACCCAACUGAUUAUUUUUUAUUUUUUUUAUUAAUGGAAGGAAAAUACAAGUGGAUAUGAAAAAUGAUUCCAUGGGUUGUUGUAAGGUUAACCAAGGACUUGUUUGUGAUGGAACUUCCUGCCUUUUUCUCCCCAAGAUCACACUGUACCUAUCUAGGAAUUAAAGCAUAUUGUGUCUGUUUGCUAAAAGGAAAAGCAACAAAGAAAAGCCAUGUAUAUUUUCUAUAUUAGUUGAAUUUCUACUACUUUAGCAAUGUAAGAUCCGGUAUAGUUUGACAAUGGCACAAUUAAAAGCAGAAUUUUCUAACAAA